AAACUCUUCGACAAGAAAUACCACCACCAUGAAAGUCGCUUCUCUCCUUCCCUUCGUCGCCCUCAUCGCCUCCAUUGCAGUCGCCGCCCAUGGGGACUACAAUGAAUUUGAAGCUCGUGAAUUCGUGGAUGCCCUCAACGCCCGUGAGGCGGUGGAGGAGUUUCACGCCCGCUCUGUCCUCAUCGAAGACCUCACGACGCGUGAGCUGGUCGACGAAUUGAAUGAGAGGCUUGCGCGUCGUGGAAAUCUCAUCAGCAAACCCAAAACUUAUCAAUGCCCUUACUGCGGGUCGAAGUAUCCAACAGCCGCUCAGGCAAAGGACUGCAGCAAGUUUUGCAAAGCGAAGUAAAGGGCUAUGGCUAGCAAUGACUUCAGGUGUUUAUCGAUAGUUUAUCUGCGAUGUAACUUCACGAGAUAAUUUAUUUUUCCAAACCUCUUC